AUGUGGACACAAGAGAUUCAGUGCAGAGGAAAUGAGUCUCAGAUUCACCUCUGUCCAACAUCACCAUCACUUGAAAACAACUGUUCACAUGAACACAGCAUUGGUUUGCUAUGUAGUGACAUAAUAAAUGUGAGGUUGGUUGGUGGUCACAGUCGCUGUGCUGGUACAGUGGAGAUUCUUCAUAGAGGUCAGUGGGGAACAGUGUGUGAUGUUGGCUGGGAUUUGGCUGAUGCAGCAGUGGUGUGUAGAGAGCUGGACUGUGGAGAACCUGUAGAUGCUCUGAGUGAUGUUCAUUUUGGACUGGAAUCAGAACUGUUUUGGAUGAAAAAUGCAAUGUGUACUGGUUCAGAGUCUACACUUAAGAAAUGUGGAUUCUUAAAACCAACUGAAACUGAUGUGUGUCUUGAUAAGAGAGCUAAAGUCAUUUGUUCAGAAGUCAGGCUGGUUGGAGGUUCUCGCUGCUCUGGGAGGUUAGAGAUACUUGAUAAUCUGUCGUGGGUUUCAGUGUGUGCUGCUGCCUUUGACCAGCAGGAUGCAGAGGUUGUGUGUAGAGAGCUGGACUGUGGGGCUCCUGUACAGGUGCUGGGAGAAGAUGCUUUUGGAAAAGGAGACGCUCAGAUGUGGACAAAAGAGAUUCAGUGCAGAGGAAAUGAGUCUCAGAUUCACCUCUGCCCAAUAUCACCAUCUCAUAAAAACACCUGUUCAUAUGAAAAUGAUGUUGCCUUGGUGUGUGCAGACAUUAUGAGAGUGAGGUUGGUUGGUGGUCACAGUCGCUGUGCUGGUAGAGUGGAGGUUCUUCAUAGAGGUCAGUGGGGAACAGUGUGUGAUUAUUUCUGGGAUAUGACUGAAGCAGCAGUGGUUUGUAGAGAGCUGGACUGUGGAGAACCAGUAGAUGCUCUGGGUGGUGCUCACUUUGGACAAGGAUCAGGAUCGAUUUGGACAAAUCGCAAGUACUGUUCUGGAUCAGAAUCUACUCUUAAGAACUGUGGAACAGUAAAUUGGGGUUUAUAUAACUAUGAUCAUACAAAAGAUGCAGGAGUCAUCUGCUCAGAUAAAAAGAAUGUGAGGUUGGUUGAUGGUCACAGUCGCUGUGCUGGUAGAGUGGAGGUUCAUCAUAGAGGUCAGUGGGGAACAGUGUGUCAUUAUGGCUGGGAUAUGGCUGAUGCUGCAGUGGUGUGUAGAGAGCUGGACUGUGGAGAACCUGUAGAUGCUCUGGGUGAUGCUCAUUUUGGACCAGGAUCAGGACCAAUCUGGAUGGGUGGUACAUUUUGUGCUGGAUCAGAGUCUACACUGAAGAACUGUGGGGCAGUGGGAUGGAGCAUACAUGCGUGUACUCACAAUUAUGAUGCCGGUGUCAUCUGUUCGGGUUACACAGAGGCCAAACUGAUGAACGGUUCAGACUCUUGUUCUGGAAGAGUGGAGCUUCGGUUCAUCAAUGAGUGGGGCACAGUGUGUGAUGCAUGUUGGGAUAUGAGAGCUGCCAGUGUCCUCUGUAGACAGCUGAAUUGUGGGAUUGCUGUGUCUGUUGUGGGAUCAGACUGGUUUGGAGAGGGAAGUCGUGAAAUCUGGGCUGAUGUGUUUGAUUGUGACGGGAAUGAAACAAAACUCUCUGAAUGUUCCAUCUCUUCAUGGAGUCGAGCUGAAUGUUCUCAUAGACAAGAUGUUGGAGUCAUCUGCUCUAAUUCCUCUCUGGCUGUUCAUGAUGGUCUGGUGCGGUUGUCUGGAGAGAGACAGUGUGAGGGGGAGGUGGAAGUUUCCAUCCAUCAGGUCUGGAGGAGAGUUCUGCUGGACUCCUGGAGUCUCACUGAAUCCUCUGUGGUCUGUAGACAGCUGGGCUGUGGCUCUGUGCUGAACUUCUCCAGCUCCUCUUCAUCCAGUCCUGAACACAGUCAUGAGUGUGUGACAGGCUUCCAGUGCUCUGGGAGUGAAGCUCAUCUGGGGAACUGCAGCUCUCCACAAACUCUCAACUGCAGCUCCACACAACAGCUGUCAAUCACCUGCCUUGGUCACGGGUCCAUCAGGCUGGUGGGUUCUGGGGGAGACUGUGCAGGGAGGCUGGAGGUUUUUCACAGCGGCUCAUGGGGGACAGUGUGUGAUGAUUCCUGGGAUAUUAAAGAUGCUCAUGUGGUGUGCAGACAGCUGCAGUGUGGAGUGGCCCUCAGUAACCAGCAGGUACCAGCCUGGUUUGGUCCUGGUUCUGGACCCAUGUGGCUGGAUGAGGUGGAGUGUGAGGGGAAUGAGACGUCCCUGUGGAGCUGCUCUACUCCAAGCUGGGGAAAACAUGACUGUCAACACAAGGAGGAUGUAGGAGUCGUGUGCUCAGGUAAAAAGUAG